GUGGAGAGUUGGGGCUAGCCCUCAGGCUUCUCGCGCGAGAGAAAGUUGGAGCCCGGCAGUCGAUGGACCCAGCCGGGCUGACGGAGAGCUGUCUCUGUCGCUCUCAGUCUGGUUGGUGCUUGUGGCAACAGUAUCGUCCGUUUGCUGUCACAUACGUGAGGAUCUCAGAAACACAGCGCAAAUUUCAUGCUGCUUUGACUAGAUCAGAGUCUAAGAGAGAUGGAGGUUUUAAAAAUAAUUGGAGCUUUGAUCAUGAAGAAGAAAAUGAAAGAGAUACAGAUAAAGAUGGGGCAAAUCUACUCAGUGUAGAAGAUGAUGAUGAUUCUGACACCUCAAAAGGAAAAAAGUUAAAUCGUCCAUCUGAAAUUGUUGCUACUAGUUCUGGUGAUUUCAUCUUGAAGACGUAUGUGGGACGAAACAAGAGUGAAAGUUUUAAAACUUUGAAAGGCAACCCGAUUGGACUUAACAUGUUGAGCAACAAUAAGAAAUUGAGUGAAAAUACACAAAAUGCAUCAUUUUGUUCUGGAACUAUAGUUCAUGGUAGACGUUUUCAUCACGCUCAUGUACAAAUACCAGUAGUAAAAACAGCAGCCCAAAGCAAUCCGGACCGAAAAGAAAGGAAAGAAUAUCCACCUCAUGUCCAAAAAGUUGAAAUUAAUCUUGUAAGGUUAAGUCGACCCCAAGGUGUUGAACGUAUAAUGAAGAAAACAGAACAGUCCGAAUCGCAUAUAGAGCCUGAAAUUAAGAGGAAGGUACAACAGAAACGGCAAUGUAGUACAUACCAGCCUACUUCUCUGUGUCCUGCUUCAAAAAAAUUUUUAACCCAUUUAGAGGUUUCUGAACAACGUGAUUGUUGCCCAGAAUGUGGAAAAGAAAAAGAAAAUCAGACCAAAUGCCAAAGUUGUGGUAUUAUUUUUCGUAAUGAUUUGCAAAGAAAUUGCAGACAAGCUGUAACUUUGAAUGAAUCUACUGGACCAUUAUUAAGAGCGUCAAUUCAUCAUAAUUCUGGAGGACAAAAGUCACAAACCACAGGAUUGACAGCCAAGAAGUUUUAUGGGAACAGUGUGGAAAACGUUCCACUUGAUAUAAUUGUGAGUCUUGAUGACAGUAGACAUAAUUACUUACAGACUAAUGGAAAAGUCAUUUUACCUGGGGCAAAAAUACCCAAAAUCACAAACUUGAAAGAAAGAAAAACAAGCCUGUCAGACCUAAAUGAUCCAAUCAUUUUGUCCAGUGAUGAUGAUGAUGACAAUGACGAGAGUAAUAGAAGAGACAGCCUAUCUCCUCAGCCUGCUGACUCAGCAUGUUCUUCUCCAGCACCAUCCACUGGAAAAGUAGAAGCAGCACUGAAUGAAAAUCACUGCAGAACUGAGCGUGAGCCAAAAAGCAUUCCACCAGAGUCAGAGCUAAACGCUGUCGUGUUGCCAAGGAAAGCAAGAAUGAAAGACCAGUUUGGCAAUCCUAUUAUCACCACACCUCUAAAACGUCGUAAAGUUAAUUCUCAAGAAACUUUAAUUGAUCCUGUGUCUGUAAGAUGCCCAAGUCCCUUUGAAAGAGUCGUUUUAAACUGUCGAAGUAUACGAGUAGGAACACUGUUUCGACUCUUAAUAGAGCCUGUAACUUUCUCUGUAGAUUUUAUCAAGAUACAUCUAGAUGAACCAGAAAGUGAUCCUGUAGAGAUUGUUUUAAAUACCUCUGAUCUAACUAAAUGUGAAUGGUGUAAUGUCCGAAAAUUACCGGUAGUGUUUCUUCAGACAAUACCAACAAUUUAUCAAAAGCUGAGCCUGCAACUGCAAAUGAAUAAGGAAGAUAAAGUAUGGAAUGAUUGUAAAGGAAUAAAUAAGUUAACAAAUUUGGAAGAACAAUACAUCAUUUUAAUUUUCCAAAAUAGCCUUGAUCCACAGACAAACGUGGUAUUUGAGAGCAUCAUUAAUAGCAUUGGUAUAAAGAAUAAUGUUUCCAAUUUUUUUGGAAAAAUUCUCUUUGAAGAAGCCAAUAGCAGACUUGUUGCUUGUACAAGAAACUAUGAAGAAAGUAUCAGAGGAAGUUGUAUGCAAAAAGAAAGCAAAGUUAAAAUUAGAUGUAGGCAGAAGAUAAUGCCAGAGGAAGAAAAGACCAGCAGAACCCUCAAGUCAUCUGGGAUGGACUCAGAUUUCAAUAGAAGGCUCUUCUUUAUGUCCUUUGAAUCUAAAAUACAACUUACAAAUAAACAAGAAUUCCAGUUUUUUGAUGAUGAGGAAGAAUCUGGAGAAAGCCAUACCAUCUUCAUUGGGCCUGUAGAAAAACUGAUAGUGUAUCCACCACCUCCUGCUAAGGGUGGCAUCUCUGUUACUAAUGAGGACCUGCACUGUCUGAGUGAAGGAGAGUUUUUAAACGAUGUUAUUAUAGACUUUUAUUUGAAAUACUUGGUGCUUCAAAAACUGAAGAAAGAAGAAGCUGACAGAAUUCAUAUAUUCAGUUCUUUUUUCUACAAACGCCUUAAUCAGAGAGAGAGGAGAAAUCAUGAAACAACUAAUCUGUCAAUACAACAAAAACGACACGGGAGAGUGAAAACAUGGACCCGGCAUGUAGAUAUUUUUGAGAAGGAUUUUAUUUUUGUACCCCUUAAUGAAGCUGCCCACUGGUUUUUGGCUGUUGUUUGUUUCCCUGGUUUAGAAAAACCAAAGUAUGAACCUAAUCCUCAUUACCAUGAAAAUGCAGUCAUACAAAAGAACUCAACUGCCGAGGAUAGUUGUGGUCCUCCUUCUGCCAGUGAAAUGGACAGCUGCUCACAGACUGCUGCCAAGCCUGUCAUCAAGAAAGUGCUAACCAGAAAGCAUUGCUUCACUGUAACAGAUUCCAGUGCUGGACAGGAACAAAGCGACCCUUGUGAUCAGAGAAACAUGUGCAUUGUGAAAAAAAUAAAUCAUAUUGCAAGUGAAAAUGAAGAGUCAAAUAAAGGAGAAUCUUCAUGCCAGAAAGUUGUGGAUAGGACUAAAAGUGAAAAUGGGCUGCAGGAUGAAUGUUUCAAUUCUGUGCAUCAUCCAGAUGGCUUAAGCAAUAUCAGAAUGAACUAUAGUGAUGAGUCAGCCGAAGGUAGUAAAAUGCUUGAAGAUGAACUCAUCGACUUCUCAGAAGAUCAAGAUAACCAGGAUGAUAGUAGUGAUGAUGGGUUCCUUGCUGAUGACAACUGCAGUUCAGAAAUUGGACAGUGGCAUUUGAAGCCUACUAUCUGUAAACAACCUUGUAUUCUACUUAUGGACUCACUCAGAGGCCCCUCUCGGUCAAAUGUUGUAAAAAUUCUAAGAGAAUAUUUAGAAGUGGAAUGGGAAGUUAAAAAAGGUAGCAAAAGAAGUUUUUCCAAAGAUGUUAUGAAAGGCUCUAAUCCAAAAGUACCACAGCAAAAUAACUUCAGUGAUUGUGGUGUGUAUGUAUUGCAGUAUGUAGAGAGCUUUUUUGAGAAUCCAAUACUAAAUUUUGAGUUACCUAUGAAUUUGACAAACUGGUUUCCACCCCCACGAAUGAGAACGAAAAGAGAAGAAAUCCGAAACAUAAUUCUGAAGCUGCAAGAAGAGCAAAGCAAAGAGAGGAAGCAGCACAAAGGCACUUCCUCUACAGAAGCAUCUUUAGAUGACCGAAUGGAACAGCAGCAUGUCAGCAGUGUCUCAGUUUAACCAAAAGACUAUGGCAUGUCAGUUCCACUUCUAGGGACUAAGUGACUUUUCGACUGUGGGUACAAACAGUAAAGAACUGGAGUGCUCCCUGCUCAGUGAUUGGGAAAUGUUAAUGCUUGUAAAAAUGUCAUAUAAUUAAUUUCCAAAGGAGUAUGUAUUAAGUAAGUCUGUAAAUAAUGUUAAUGAGGCCAAUUUUUCCAGCAUUUAUAAUUAUUUUUUUCACUUGUUAGGAAGCAUUUGUUAUUUUCUGUUAAUAGUACUUAAAACUGCAACUUCUAAACAAAAUAAAAAGAAAAUAUUUAUAGGAGGAAAUUAUUAAUUUGAUAUUCUUUAGUGAACUUGUAAAAUUCCUCAAGUGGGCGUGGUUUACUUCCUCUGAAUAUUUACGUAUCGAUGAUAAUCCUUUAACCUUUCACAUUUACCCUAAAAUAAUUCAAUGCGAAAAUAAUUUUACAUAUAAGGCAUUUUGAACUAAGAAGACAUCUUCAUUUGCUUGCAUUACAAAAAAAAAAUCUUCAAUUCGUAUACCUGCCUGUUUAGAGAACCUAAAAAAUGUAAUAAAUAUUUGUAAUUUUACACAGAUACUUAAUAAUAAUUCAGAGAAAACUGCUACUAAAAAGUAACACUACUUGCACACAUUCUUGUCAGAUACAUUUCUAAAGAAAUCAGACUCAGGUUAAAACUGUCUGGGCGACCGUAGCUUGAAUUUCGGAUAGCCCAUGUUAUGAUCCUGUAUUGUAGCUUAAGGUAUGCUACUACCUGUGUAAUAAUUGAUAAGUAUUUUUAAUGUGUGUAAACAGGAAUUUUAAUAAGAGUUUACUAUUAUAGUUACUGAUAAAGUACCAGAUGCUUUGAGUUUUUCGGUGCGAAUUAAAUAUCAAAGUUACUGUCUUUAAUUACAUAAUGCAGCAAAAAAUCUUCUACUUGAAUUUCCCUUUAAAUACUAAAAAUACUAAACUGUGGGGCUAGGGUUACAGCUCAAUGACAGAGUGUGUGCUUAGCACCUAAGUUUAAUUUCUAGCACCAAAAAAUUAAAAAUAGUAAAAUGUUUAGACUUUGAUGACACAUUUACAACAUAUGUAGAAAUCUUGCAUAUGUUUGUAGGAAUUAUAAAGUUUAGUGAAGCAUACUUUAUAGUUAAUUUUGAGACUUGAAAUACAUGUUUUAAAACACUUUAUUGAGUAGUGAGUUUUUAAAUGCACAAGUAACAAAUAAAUGAGUAAAAGAGCCAUUUUAAUAAUCAGUAAUUUAUUUCUAACUUGGCCAUCUGUGACAUUGUGACCAAAAAUUUAGGCUGUUUACUUGCAUUUAAUAAAGUCCAUUGGUAUGCCUGGGGUCCAUGGGAGUGCUGUUAUCAAAAAGAGUUCUAUUAAGACACAGUCAGUAAGUGAAAUAUUAAAAUGAAAGCUUAGGAGUCUUCGUUAGUAUGUUUUUUUGUUACAAUGAAUAUCUUAACUGGUUUUUGUUUUUGUUGUUUUGUGGGGGGUCUUUGUUGUUGUUACCAGGACUCAAACUCAGGACCUUGUCCUCACCAGGCAGAUACUUAUGCUGCUGAGCUAUAUCCCUGACCCCUUACCUUAACUUUUUUUUUUUUUUUUUUUCAAGUUUUUGUUGGUAAUGCUUUGGAGCUACUAGGUCAGAUAAUUAGCUCAGAUAUGAAAAAAAGUUUUAUUAUUAACUGCAGUAAAAUUGUUUUGGAUUAGAAAAAAUGCUUAAAUCUACUAUAACAAGCCAAAUUGAUUUUUUAAAAAAGGAACCAGUUAUUACUAACUCAAUGGUAAUGAAAAAGUCAUUCUGAAGGCCAGAUAUGGUGAUUCACUCUUGUAACCCCAGCCACUGAGGCUGAGCCUGGGAGUUCAAGGUGUCAGUCUGGGCAACAAAGCAAGAUUCUGUCUCUAAAAACAAAAACAAAAAAAAGCUAUUCUAAAAUCCUUACUUGUUUUUCUUUUAAUUUCUAAUAGGGUUUUUGGUCUGAUAAAAGUAUAAUCUUGGUCCAACUCUGAUCAAUAUUUAUUACAUGAAAAAUACAUGUUGAUGCAUUUCAACUUUCUAGAGAUAGAACACUCAGAAAGUUCAUGAUAUUUGUCCCACCUUAUGUGAAAUUUUAUUUUUAAAUGUUAUGCUAAUAACCUUGGAGUAUAUAUCUUUGAAGGCUCUCAUUAUGCUACAAAACUAGACUUGAGAAACUUUAAUAUAUGCAUUCACUUGAAAAUUGUGUACUCUUCUAUAUGUAGUUUGCAGUGGAUAUCAAUCCUUUUAAAAUAUGUGACUAGCAAUGAGAAGUUGUGAAACAGAACUUUGAGGUCUAAAGGUUUGUUACUAGACACUGAAGCUGCAUGAAGAGUAUCUGGUGUCUUAACUAAUUAGAUAGAUUUGUUGUAUUGGUUUUCUUGUUGGAUAGAAUAACAGUUAAUCAUUUUUAGAAGAGUUUUAGAUUACCUGCCAUAAAAUUUGUAUGUGUCUCAGCUCUCAAUAGUUUAGGAGAAAGGUGGUGUUUAGAACUUUCCCUUUAAUGUUGCUGUAUCUGCGUCUGCAGCUGAAAGCUUAAUACUGAAUUCACUUAAACCUAAAACAGUUUUUCUUUGCAUUUAUAACCUGUGCUUAAACUCUUAGUCAGUUAAAUGUAGGAAGUUUUAUUUCAAAUCAUAAAUUGGUUAUCUAAAUUACAUCUUGUUUUCCAUCACAAUUAAGUCAGUAUUUUUUUCUUUAAAAACUAUCCAUGAUCUCUUAUGACUGUAAAAUACAAUGUAAACUCAUCACUAAGGAGGUUGAGGCAGGAGGAUCGUUGUGAGUUCAAAGUCUCAAGACAGUUCACCAAAUGGGAAUAGUAAAGGGCUUAUUUUAGUAUAGUGUACAAUCAAGAGUUGGUGGAGUAAAACUCAAGAGUAUAACAGUGGAAGGAAUGACCUGGUCAGGAGAAACAGGACCCAUUGAAGCUGUGGAAUGUAGUACUGUAUGUUUAGACAAGUAACAAAGCUGCUCUGUAGAUCAUUAAGGACAAAAGUACAGGAAGGAGAUUAUUUUCCAAUUUAUGUAGUAACAAACUCAAAAUAAAUGGAGGUUAGUGAAUAAUUUACCAAUAAAACAACCAAAUGUAUAGAGGAAAGACCAGGCUGCUCUUGUAAAUGUUACAUGCUAAAACAAAAAUGAGCUGAAAUUCUCCAAAUGGUUUCUGGUAUGUUUGUUAUUUUCCUCCACUGAGCAAGAAGAAAAAGGUCCUGAAAAUGGCUGUUCUGAAACAAAUUUACUCAUAAAUGAAAAACCAAUGAGGUUGAAGCAGUGCAGACUUCAGAGGGAAAUAGCCCUACCAUCUUAAUUCUGAUUUUGAGAUCAAGGAAUAAUGGUCAGUGUUCCUGAUUGCUAUUGAAAUAAGAGCAAAGCAUACUCAAAGAUGCCAUAGAUGAAGAGUUACAGGCUUAGAGAUGUUUAUUGCAAAUGAUUAUGUUAAGUUGUUAAAGCAGAUGAUGACAGAAUUUCAAGUUUCAAGAGUUCACAAGCCAGACAUUUCAUAUUUCAAAGACCCACAAAAAUGUGCGUUAAACUCACCUGAAAAGUUUAAGCUACAUGUGGUCAGGGUCUUGACCCCAGUAGUGGUGUAGUAGUGUGUAUUUUUUUUUUUCCAAGAAUUUCCCGUGUUUUUGAUGCACACAUCCUUGUAGCAAGGCAUUGAUUUGAAAGAGCCUGGGUCUCAACUUUCAAGUUGCCAGUCCUAAUAAUGCAGCAUUGCAUUUUUCUGCCUCAUAUUCCUUUUGAUUGAUUGUUGUCUUUGUCUUUGUUUAUUGGUACGGGGAAUGGAACUCAUGACCUGGACCUGCCAUGUAGGUGCUUAUCCCACUGAGCUAAAUCCCCAGCUGUUUGUUGUCUUUUUGAGACAGGGUCUUACUUAUGCAGUUCAGGAUAGCCUUGAGCUCACUUUGUAGCCCAGGCUGGUCAAAUUUGCAACAAUUCUCCUACCUCAGCCUCUCAAGUGCUGGGAUCACAGGUGUGUGCCACCAUGCCCAGCUCCCUCAUAUCUUUCAAGACAGCAUUUUAAUUUCCCCCAACUCCAAAAAAUUUGAUGUCAAUAAAUUGUUACUAAGCCUUGAGACAAACUAUUACAAAGAUAAAGAUUGGCAAAUGUCCUGGUUUUCAAAGGGAAAAAAUACGUAAAAUCUGCAUAUUGUAAUAUGAGUGCCAGGCAUAGUGGCACACACCUAUAAUCCUAGCACUUCGGAGGCUGAGACAGGAGAAUAACUAACUGAGUUCAAGGCCAGCCUGGGCUACUUAAGCAAGUUUAAGGCCAAACUUCUUCAUAGCAAGACCCUGUCUGAAAAAGAGAAAGAAAAAAGUAUGAGUCACGCUUGCUAAGAUUAUUGGGUGAAUUAUGACAUGUGGUUUAUAAAUUCUUAAAACUGGGGUUACCAGGAGCUUUGAGACCACUAAAAAGCAAGAUUGUGUUGUAUUUUUAAUAGAGUUAUGAACUAGUUAGUCUGUAGGGUAAACACUAGCAAUUCUCAAAGUGUGUUUGAUAACUAGUUGUGUCCAGUGAUGUUUGUGAACUGAACUUCAAGAGAUUAUGCUUUUAAAAUAAAUUUUCUUUAAAAAGCAUUUUGCUAAGAGGUAACUAUGAUCAGAAAUCUGAAAAUGUAUCUUGGUGAAAUAGUUUGUGAGGCAUUUUUUUUUUUUUUAAUCUUCAGUAUUAGGAUUGACCACUGAGCUGCAUCCCCUGGGCUCCGCCCUCUCCCCUUUUGUUCUGUUCUUUCCUUAUGGUUUUAUUGUUUUUGAGACAAGCAUUGCUAAACGGUUAAAGUGCCUAGACUGGGCUCAAAACUUUUGAGUUUCCUGCUCCAUCCCUGAGAUGGUAGUGUUACAAGCUUAUGUCACCAUGCCUUGCUGACAGGUAAUCUUCUGCAGUUAUCAGAUCCUCUAAACCAGUGAUGAUGAACCUUUUAGAGCCUUCAGUGAUACAAACAGCCUGCUGCUGCAUGUGUACCAUAGGUUUACUAUUACUGUCCUGAACUUACAAAUAGAAAUUGUGGCAAGCCAGGGAUUUAGCCCAGCAGUGUAAAUUGCCUGCCUGGCAAGUGCAAGGUCCUGAAUAGGAUUUCCGGUACCGAAAAAGAAGUGUCAAGACAUGAAGGUGAAUGGAAGGUUAUUUGGGAGCGUUUCUAUAUUUGUUUUGUUUUUUGUUGCUGUUGUUUUUGAGACGGGGUCUCACUAUGUAGUUCCCGCUGGCCUUGAGCUCACUAUGUAGCCCAGGCAGGCCCAGCAGUCUUCCUACCUCGGCCUUCUGAGUGCUAAGAUUACAUGUGUGCACAACAAAGAAUAUUUUUUGGAAAUGAUUUCUUUUUAAAAAUGCUUUAGGUACAAAGUUUAUCUAUUGCAAGAGGUUCAGAUAGAAGAGAAAAGCUGGUUGGGAAUUAGCUCUUCCUAGCCUGGAAUAGUGCAAUCCCACCUGAAAAGCCAAAAUGAGCAUUCUUUGUAAAUAUUAGUACACUUUUUCCAAAAAAUUCAAACCUCUCAACUGAAGAGUGCAAACCUGUUAUGAAAUAGCUUUAUACAUGGUAUUAGAGGAUUUGACCAAAAUUAAAUAUUGAAUAAAUAUGCUAGCUAUAUAUGUACAUGCCUAAUGAUCCAGCUUUCUGGGAGGCUCAGGCAAGAAGAUGGCCAUCUGGGCAACUUAGUAAGAUCUUGUCAAAAAAUAAAAAUAGAUGCAGCUCAGUGCAAAGGCCCUGAGUUGAAUCAAUAGUACUACUAGAUGAAAGAAUAAAGAGUGAAUGUUCUAAGUACCUGAUAUGUACAAGGCACUUGGGACAAAAAAGUGAAACAUAACCAUUUCUCAGUGCUUCUUUAUAGUAUGAUGGUAAAGAUGCUUGUGAAUCAGCCUCACAAACUAAUAAUGUUAAGUGCCAUUCAGGAAAAGCAUAGAAUGUAUUAAAAUGACAUUAAUCUGAAGGUUCAACACUUCAAGAAGACAUGAUAUUUGAACUACUAGUCGACAAGAGUCUUUAGGGGAAGAGAGACUGUACAAAGACCUUGAUGUGGGAAAAUGUGCUUUGUCCUAAAUAAUAAUAGCCUCAUUUAUUAAGCAUAUACUAAAUGCUCAACAAUGAUCCAGGCAUCUUGGAUUAGUAGAUUGCUUUACUCCUGGCAGUGAUCUUGUGAGGUGUGUACUGUUACUGUUCCAAAUUUAAUGAAAUACUUCCACAGGAUUUCCCCAACAAAACUGGACUUUGGAGUUUAGUUUUACUUGGAGGUUACAUGUUAACCUGUGCUAAAUAAAAGGAGAUGAAAGUCA